AUGAGCAGCGCAGAAGAGCCGCUCAUCUCCCGCCAGGCGGCCCCGUCGCAAGACCCCGACCCUAACGACGAAACGACGGUCCACGAAGAUGUCGCCGCAGCCGCCUCCCCAACAAUAUUUAUCUAUCUCCUCACCUUCAGCGCCGGCAUCUCCGGUCUCCUCUUCGGCUACGACACGGGCGUGAUCUCCUCCACGCUCGUCUCGCUCGGCACCUCCCUCUCCUCGCGCGAGCUGACCGCUCUGGACAAGUCGAUCAUCACGUCGAGCACGUCGCUGCUGGCGCUGCUGGUGUCGCCGUUCGCGUCGCUGCUGGCGGACCGGCUGGGGCGGCGGCGCGUGGUGCUCGCGACCGACGCGGUCUUCGCCGCGGGCUCGGCGGUGCAGACCGCCAGCACGACCGUCGCGGCCAUGGUGCUGGGCCGCGCCGUCGUCGGCGCCGCCGUCGGCGCCGCCAGCUUCGUCGUGCCCCUGUACGUCGCCGAGCUCGCGCCCGCCGCGUUCCGCGGCCGCCUGCUGACCGUCAACGUCGUUUUUAUCACGCUCGGGCAGGUCGUCGCGUACGUGGUUGGCUGGGCGCUCCGGGAGUACGGGGACGAGCGCACCGCGUGGCGGUGGAUGGUCGGCCUCGGCGCGCUGCCCGCGGUCGUGCAGGCGGUUGUGAUAGCGUUUAUGCCCGAGACGCCGAGGUGGUUGGUUUUGGUAGGGAGGGCGGGAGAGGCCAGGCGGGUGGUUGCAAAGGUGCUUGGGGGGAAGGGUGGGAAGAGGGAGGUGGAUGCGACGGUUAAGGCGAUCGAGAUUGAAGUGAGGGAAGAGAGCGAAGGGAGGCGGUUGCGCAACUCGGGAACGGGAGGCGCGGCAAGCGGAUGGAAGGCUUCCCUCCAAGAACUGUUUGGCGUGAGCAGGAAUAGGAGGGCGCUGUCCAUCGCUUGUUUACUUCAGGGGCUGCAGCAGUUGUGCGGAUUUAACUCACUGAUGUACUUCUCGGCCACAAUCUUUACGAUGGUGGGAUUCCCAAUCCCGACGCUCACCUCGUUGGUUGUGGCGGUCACCAACUUCGCCUUCACCAUUGCCGCUCUCUUCCUGAUUGACCGCAUAGGGAGGCGGCGCAUCCUCCUCUGGUCGAUCCCGUUCAUGAUUGCGGGCCUCCUGCUUGCGGCGUGGGGGUUCUCCUUCAUCAAGCUCUCCACGACCGAUUCGGCGCCAGCCAAGACACCCGCCGACGGCGCCGCAGCCGUCAUUCUUGUGAGCAUCAUGGUGUAUGUUGCCGGCUACGCGAUGGGUCUCGGCAACGUGCCCUGGAUGCAGAGCGAGCUGUUUGCGCUCAACGUGCGGUCCCUGGGCAGCGGCAUCGCCACAGCAACCAACUGGGGCGCAAACUUUGUCAUUGGGCUGACGUUCCUGCUUCUCAUGGAUGCGUUCACGCCAUCGUGGACGUUCGUUCUCUAUGCCGUGAUAUGCGCCACCGGGUACGGUCUGAUCUGGCGAUUCUAUCCCGAGACGGCAGGGCUGAGUCUGGAAGAGGCUGCGAGCCUGCUGGAAGACGACAACUGGGGAGUGCGUUGAAGUGCACGCUUACCUACGCAGUACCAGCACAACGGUAGAACAUGCACUGGUGGCGCCAGAAUGUUCGCGGCGCAUCCAUGCACUGCGGAAUCAACCGACUUCACCACGAAGCCGAGCCGAGGCAGACUAAUCGGGGCAGACUAAUCGGGGCAGACUAAUCGGGGCAGACUAAUCGGGGCAGACUAAUCGGGGCAGACUAAUCGGGGCAGCCCAAAGCCCCAUGUGAGGCCAAGAAGCUGCGCUCGGUCAGCAGCGGCAAUCCGCGGCUGGUUAGCGUCUUGGGUUGAAAUUUCUGUGUGCGGAAUACUUGGUGCAUGUAAGGCUAUUGUCCUGUAGGUAGUAACUUAGUUUCGGUGGGCCUUGCAACCCCUAGUAAGGUGGCGCUGUUGGGCAGCAACCGGACAUGAACG